AUGAGAUUAAAUCUUCAUCUAAAAAAGCCCGCGGAUAGUUUUAUGUCCUCAACACAAGCAUCGGACAAAAAUUACUCAUCAGAAUUUACCUCAAAACUCAUAUUUGAAACCACUUGCAAUAUUCAUAUUUCUGGCGAGCCUCCUAAUCAGUUAGAAAAACUGAGCCAAACACUCCCACACAAUUCAAACCAAAACAAAGAAAAUUCGUCAUAUAUGCUUGAUUUGCCUCGUUUAGGAAAUUCAAAUAAAAAUUCACCGAAAAAUAGCGAUCAUCAUGAUUUUUCUAACAGAAAUAGCAAUGCAGUGUCAUUUUAUUCAGAAGUGGACAGUGGGAUUAUUUCUUAUAACCAUUCACCUCUCAGCUCGAGAUCACCAGCUUUUGAUGAUAAGAAAAGUGAGACUUUACAAGAAGACGAAGACAUAGAUCAAAUUUUAUGAUAUUUAACAUGAUUAUUUAUUAUAUUUAUAAAUAAAAAAUAAUAAAAUUAUUUUAAUGGAAUUAUUAUAAAUAAUUCUGAUUUUUCAGAAAUUUCGCUGCAAUCUAAUAGAGUGAAAAGCUUUAUGAAGACUCCAUUAAAAGAAAAUUGCUCAUAUUACAGCUCAGAUAAAAUACUUACAACUGAUUGCAAUAGUUUUUUACUAUUGGAUCACGAAAUCGAAGAUGUUUCAAAUAAACACUGUGACUUUGUAUAUGAAAGAAAAAUAAUUCCAAAAUUCGGAUUGAUGCCUUGUACAGCGUAUUGUAAAAAUUGCUUCAAAGAUAUACAUACAGAAAUUAGUUUUACUGGAAGCCGAAUUGAAAUAUUUUUUUUAAAAAUAACAUCCAACGUCUUUGCGUGUUGUGAAGGCCCAAUGUGGUUAAACCAAAAAAAAGUCCAUAUCUGCCCUCAAUGUCACCAGGUUUUGGCUAAAUUAGCUUAA